AUGCUCAUGGCGACGCGCUCCCUGGUGGAGACCGAGCUGCGCCUGCGCGUGCGGCGCGACUGCCCGCGCGUCAAGGCGUUCAGUGGGGCGGUGGUGGAGGGCCUCACCAUGGCGCCCGGCGACGGCGGCGCCGCCCAGGGCCGCGUCACAGGCGUGAAGCUGCGCGGGGGCCGCGUGGUGCCGGCCGACCUGGUGGUGGACGCGUCCGGCCGCGGCAGCCGCACACCAGAGUGGCUGGAGGCCGCAGGCUGCGCCACCCCUGACACCGUCACCGUCGACUCGCGCCUGGUCUACACGAGUGCAGUGUACGAGCUGGACCCCGCCACGCACCCCGGCAUCCACCCCGUCAUGGUUUUCACGCAGCCCCCUGACUCGCGCAGCGGGAUGCUCCUGCCCAUAGAGGGCGGCCGCCACCACCUGAUUCUGACGGGCCGCCUGGGGGAGCGCUGCGAGGGCACUGACGAGGCCAUCACCCAGUUUGCUGAGGACAUGCCCCACCCCAGCCUGGCCACCGCGCUGCGUGGCGCCAAGAGGAUCGGAGACAUCCGCAUGUACGAGCGCACAGCAAACUUCCGCAGGAAGUACGAGGAGAUUGACCUGCCAGGCGGCCUCGUGGUGCUCGGGGAUGGCGUCUGCGCAUUCAACCCGGUGGGCCAGGGCAUGAGUGUGGCGGUGCUGGAGGCAGUGGCACUGGGGAAGCAGCUGGAGGGCGCACUGCACAGCAGCGCCAGGGCCACCCCCGACGCCGCGCCGGACGCCUCCGCCCAGUGGCUGACCGCGGCGCGAGGCGCGCUGCCGAGCGCGACGCGCACGUUCAUGCGCGGCGUGGGGGGCCUGGUGGCGAUCCCGUGGGCUCUGGCAACCGGAAGCGAUGCGGUGUACGUGGCGGGCUUUGAGCACACUCCCACGGAGAAGAUGAUCAAUCACAUCUUCAUGCAGAUCAGCAGGAUGAGCCGGACGGAUGCAGAUGCCCACGCCACAAUGAUGAAGGUCAUGCACAUGUUGGAGCCUCCCGCCGCCCUGACGUCCCCCAAGAUGCUGCUCAAGCUGCUGGUGCACACCAUCAGGACGGCACUGGGCGGCGGAGGGUCCAGGCAGGGCGCAGGCACCGCCUGA